AGAAUGCUUUGCAAUUGGAAAACGGGCUGUCGUGUGCCAAGACACCGAAAUGAAAGGUGAAAUUGAUAUAGGUUCAGGAACUGUCUUGCACCCUCAAUGUAAGAUCGUUGCGGAAUCUGGUCCGAUUAUUAUCGGUUCAAACAACAUCAUAGAAGAAAAUGUGACGAUCAUAAACAAACAACCGACACCUUUAAUUAUUGGUGAUGAAAAUGUUUUUGAAGUUGGAUGCUAUGUAGAGGGAUCCAGAAUUGGGAAUAAAAAUGUAGUGGAAGCAAAAGCGAGAAUUUUGGGGACUACAUCAUUAGGAGAUAAUUGCGUUAUUGGUGCCGUUUGCUCAACCAAGAGGGAUGAGGCAAUUCUCGAUAAUACUGUUAUAUAUGGUGAUCAUCAUAAUCGGAGAAUUCAGACAGCAAGCGGAGGCCAGCAAUCAAGCUUGCAUGCUCGCCACUUGGAGUAUCUUCGUGAGAUUACUUUACCCACUUUACAUUUUUUCCUUGGAAAGUCUUUUUUGGUACUAAAUCACAGAGGAAGUGACAGCGCUAUUGAAGAGGCUUCAGACGUCAAAUUUUCACCUUUAAUUACUAGUAUUUUGGAUACCAUAGUGGCUUUAACUUAUCAAUUAUUAUGGGUCUAUCCGAUAUUUGUACUAAGUUUCGUACUGAAUGCUAUGUGGUAUCAAGAAAUAGCAGAUCGAGCUUAUAGAUUGUAUCAUGGUCGUCCACCCAUAAACUCUAAUCGAACAUAUCCUAGAGCAUUAAAAGUAAUAGCUGAUGAGAUUUAUCGUGCAUUAUUAUUCAUGAAUUAUUUGAUGGUGGCAACUAUAGUGUAUGUCAUACCUGUUAUCGGUCCAAUUAUGUCAUUCAUGUAUUUUUGUUGGAUAUAUGCUUAUUAUAGUUUUGAGUACAAAUGGAUUAAUCAAGGUUGGUCUUUAGAACAACGUAUAGGAUAUUUUGAAGAAAGGUGGUCUUAUUUCGCCGGAUUUGGUUUCAUGUUUACCGUGAUAACAUUCUUUGUUGAUCAAUUUUUAAGUGCUGGUGUGUUCGCACUUCUCUUUCCUCUUUAUAUAAUUAUGGCUAAUAAUGCACUUCCUAUGCCGAGACACAACGAAAACGCUCGUUUUUCAUCAUUAGUACCGUAUCGGUUGCGAGUAUUUUGGGUAGCAGAGAAAUUGAAUGAUAAAAUAAUCGGUGGUCUCAGGAGCAUUUGUCUUUCAAUAAGAUAA